AUGUUGCGGUUGGGCUUGCUUGCCUGCCUUGGUGUUCUCUUGGAAGAUUAUGCUGGAGCUUCCGAUCCGCCCCUUCUCAGGGGUGCCGACACGACUCGCAUGAAUUUCCCGGAGGAGAUGAUUGAUGGCUUGAUGGAAGACUUCGCCGCAGCUUUGGAGCGAUUCUACCAGUCGACGUUUGGAGAUCCCAGCCCUGUCAGGAAGUAUCUCAACGUGGUGACCAGAACAUCCCCCUUCGUGGUUCAAGCGGCCGCUUUGUCCUUCUGGGCGUACGACUUGGACUACUUCGAGGGCCGAUGGGCCUCCGAGGAUUGGGCUGGUGGCUGGAGGGUGGUGAAGAAAUACGUGAACACCACCAGCAAGUCUUUGGCUCCAGGAUUGGAUGUGGUGGCGCUGUUCCGGCGCCAGGAUGAAUGUGUCCUGUCCUUUUCUGGCACCACCGGUUUAGCAGAUUGGACCACCAACUUGAAUGUCAAGAGCCUGCAAAGUUUGGACGAAUGCGGACUGCACAACGUCCAUGAAGGCUUCUUUGAGGACUUCGUGCAGUUCAUGUUGGGUGAUGCCUGGAGUGAGGGCAUGGAGGAAGAAAUCCUCUCCAAGUGUGGAGGCCGCUUGUCGGUGGCUGGGCACUCGCAGGGCGCCGCCCUAGCGGAGAUCUUCGCCACCUGCGUCAACCGGGCGGACGAGGUGAGUUUCCCGGAUCUUUGGCGCUGGGGACAGCUGGUCCACCCCGGGCGGAGGGUCUCAACGCGGGUGACCGUCACAGGACUCUAUGGCGUCGCCUCUCCGGGUUCCACGGUGGACUUUCAGCUAAAGAACGGCGCGUCGCCCGGCGGCGUUUUCCCCGGGGCGCGACUUUUCAACAUGGACUCGGAGACCUUCGACCCGGUGCCGUGGAUCACGGUGCUCUUGAACUUCCAGCAUGCGAAGUAUCAAGCCCUUCAACUUCUCCAACCGCAUCAAGUGGUGAGUCACCAGGGAGAUACGUUCGAUGCUCGUUGGCAGCCACUGACCUCGGCGGUCUUCGGGAAGUUGAUGUCUGUGGAGCAUCACCUGGGGCCGGCGUACAUGCGGCGCAUUCUGGCCUUCACGCGAGAGGUGUCCAUCACGAUUCUGGCAGCCCAGAACUUGUCAGAGGAAUGUCUCUUGGGCGGUAUGACGCCGUACAUUGAGGUGCAAGUUGAUGAGGAGAUCUACUUCACAAGACCAGUCGAUGCAGGCUUGCUGGACGCAGUGUAUUGGAACGAGACGUUUCCACUCACCACAUAUGAGCCAGGGAAGGCCAUUCAACUCUUUGCAUGGAAUGAUUGCACUAUGGACUUCAAGAUGGGAGGAGGCGUGGCGGGGCUCAGCUGCGGUUUGGCGCUGCUGCGGCACGGAAGGUCGUGCUCGGUGCGGCUGCUGGAGGUCCAAACGCGGCUCGGGGGGAGGCUCUGCACACGCCAGGUGGGCGACGUAUUGGCAGACGCGGGCGGCGCUUGGGUGCACGGUAUCGAGGGCAACCCUCUGAUUGCAGAUGGCUUCAUCACACAAGAGGACCUGGUCACCAGCAGCGGGCGAAACAUUUGGCUUCACGGGCCCUGCGGUGGUGACAGCUGCAGCUUCAAGCGCUCUGAGGAGGAUGAAGUCUGGGAGCGGCGCAUGGCGCGAGUGGGCGCGGUAGCGGCUGCGAGUGCGGAAUCGGGGCGCUCACUGCAGGACGGCUUGCGAGACACUGAGACCGAGUUCGGCCCGCUGAGCGCUGUGGAGCUCAGGCGUCUCCGCUUGCUGGAGGGAUGGUUCGGACUUCCGGCGGAGAGGAUUGGGCUGCUGGAGUGGGAUGCGGAGCAGGGCUCCAUGGGAGACUUCCCCGGGCCCCACGCCAUCCUCAAAGGCGGCGCGCAGCUGGUCGCAGACCGCCUGGCGGCGGAGGCGCAACGUCUAGGCCUCCAGGUGCACCUCGGUGAGGAAGUGCUGAGCCUCGAAGAGACGGAGCAGGGUGUGGUGGUCGUCUCCACAGGCGGCUCCAUGACGGCGCGAGCAGCUGUGGUCACCGUGUCCUUAGGCGUGCUGCAGUCGCGGCCGGACCUGGUGCGGCCCCCCCUGCCGCAGACGCAGCGCCUGGAGAUGUGCGGCUUGGAUUGGCAUCCAAGGGUGGAGCCUUGA